AUGAAUUUAUUAACUGUUUAAAGAGAUAUAUAUAUAAAAACUGAUUUAAGAAGAAUGUGUUUGUCAAAUUAAAAUUUUUAAAUAGUUCAAAUAGAUGUUUUAAAUAAAAAUUAUAAAAUUAAUAUAUGGGGAAAAAAGAGAAUUAUAGAAGAAAAUUAAAAUGAAGAGCCAGAAGAACUCUAAGAGGUGAAAGUGAAAGCAGAAAAUAAAAAAUAAAAGAAGAUUGCUAAAUAUUAGAAUAAAAUAAGCAAAGAUGUUGAUUUCAUUUCAUUUUUAAAAGAGGAUAUUAGAUUCUUAAUUCAACAUAGAAAUCAAGAGAAUGAAUAAAAGUAAUAAAAGGCAGAAGAAGUUUAUUCUAAAAUUGAAGGCAUUUUAUAUUAGAUUGCCUAAACUAAAAUUGGAGGUAGAACAAUUUAAUUAGUAAUUAAAUGUGCAGAUCAAAAUGUAAGAAAAUAAAUAUUUUCAAAAUUAUUGAAUGAUAAACAAUUUGGAGAACUAUUAUAAUCUAAAUAUGGACAUUAUAUUGGAAUAACAAUGGUUAGAAAUAUACUUCCUGAAUUUAGAAAUUAAUUUUUUGAAAUUUUAUUCAAAAAUGUUAAUCAUUAUGUAGCAUAAGGAGAUGCAAUUAUUGUUUUAGAUAGAUUUCUAACAAGAGAAGCUACUACUCAAUAAAUAAAUAAAGUUAAAGAACUUUUUUAUAAUCAUAGUGAAAAAAUUGAUAAUUUAGCUAUGAAAAUUAUUGAAAAAGGAAUUCAUAAUCAUUUAUUAAGUUUACAAAUUUUAAAAGUGGCAUUACCUAAAUUAGUACCUGAAGAGAGAUAAAAAGUUAUUGAAUAUUUUUAAUAAUUAGAAAAUCUUGAUUAUCUUAGACAUAAAGAUGGCAUUUCAGUAUUUAUUAAGAUUAUAAUUUUAGAUCUUUUGUGCAAUUUUAAAUGUUACUGAUGAAAAAGAAAGAAAAAACUUUUUAAAGAACAUAUAGACUUAUAUGUACUAAUCUUAAGAACAUUUACAUAGAAAUUCUUAAUUUUAUUUAUCUUUAUAAAAAGUCACAUUUACUUAUGAUGAUACUAAAUAAGUUAAAAGACAUAUUACCUGA